AUGUUAUUGAAAACCAACAAUGGUAAAUGGAGGCUGAUAACAUUGUGGCAAAACAGUAUCAUCAGUCAACGCUUAUAUUUGUAUAAUGACGUUUCCCCCCACCCUAUUGCUGCUGGCUUCACAGCUACCAAUGCACUACUGGCGCGUAUUUUUUGGCGCAAACUGGAACACAGUAGCAUAUUUCCUUAUGGAAUCAAGAUGCCUGGUUUAGCAAGGGAGCUGCGGCAACUAAUUGAAGGAAGAAGAAGUAAAAAGAAUUUAAAGAAGCUUAUAAAAUGGUUGCAGAGGAGAAGACUGAUAAAAAAAAAGAUGAAAUGCAACUUUUGCCACCAUACAAUGAAAAUUGAACAGAAGUGUCGUGGUGUGGAUAAAUGUGAAUGGGUAUGUCGACGUCGGGCCAAGCACAAAGGCAUAGUCAGGAAAUCCAUCCGACACCAGACAAUCUUCAGCAAAUCCAAGAUGUGCCUUUUCAGCUGGAUGAGGUUCUUAUACAGGUUUGCACAAGGCCUACGGUUAAGACAAGUUGACAUGAUAACCGAUGACAUUGCCGCAAGUUCAGCAACACUGACAAGAAUGGCCAAACAUAUGAGAAAUGUCUGUGUUGAGGCUGUGGAACGAAUGCGAAGGAAGAGAGGACAGAGGCUGGGAGGUCGAAGAGAGUUUGUGGCGAUAGAUGAAAGCCACUUCAGGCACAAAAGAAAAUAUGGACGUGGCCGGAUAACAGGUGGCUGGAAAAGAAAAAAGUGGGUGUUUGGGAUGCUCGGUGUGAAGCACUCAAGACGUCGACCUAUUCUACGUUUAGUGCCAAAAAGGACAAGACAAGAGCUGGUACCUCUCAUCGUCCACCAUAUUAGAAGAGGGACUUCAGUUUUAAGUGACGAAUGGCGAGCCUACCGCCAGGUACUGCCUGCACUGGGGUAUGAUCAUUACACAGUGAACCACAGUCAAGCAUUCGUCAAUGCAGAUACAGGUUGCCACACUCAGCACAUCGAGAGGGCUUGGCGGAGUUAUAAGGAGAUCAUCUCAAGAUGCAGGGGGAACCGGACAGAGGACUUGUUAACAGAUCACCUUACAUUAAUUGAGUGGAAUGAAUGGCUAGCCAAAAAACAUCGCAAUGGCCCACUGGGUCGCCUACUCCAUGACAUUGCCAAGAAAUAUAAAUAGAAGUUGUUUUGAUGUGAUGUUUUCCAUUAUCAAAUUUGUUUUGUCAACUUUCAUAACUUACCGUUUUGGUGAAACUUCAAAUAAACAUUAUGUUCAUA